AUGCAGCUGCUCAGUCUCCUCAGCUUCAUCUGGAUGCUCAGGGCCUUCACGGGGGCCAGAGCCCAUGUUUCUGGGCACAACUGUCAUUGGCAAGGCUGGGCUGGGGAGAUCCUGAAUGCUCCCAAAGGAAACUACUACCACAAUUGUAACAACACCCACCCCUACAACACGACACAGCACCCCGGGUGUUACAUCUUCAAACAUGUACCCUACAGGAUGCACAACCACAUCAGCAAUAACCUCAACUCCCUCUACCACUGGUACCCCGAGGAUAACCACCACCAUAAACUCAUCCUCUUCUCUCACCACAGAGAUUACUUCUCCUCUUGCAACUACAUCAUCAAUCACUCUCACGAAUAUAGUCUAUUCUCGAACAUUUACCGCCUCUACUCCAGUGACAGUGACCACCAAUACCUUGACAUCACCCAUGAUCUGAGUACAUCUACAAAUGCAAUAACUACUUCUUUUGGUACUAUUAUCUCUUCUUCAAUAUCCACAGCAAUAAUGUCCUCUUCUCUUUCCUCCAGCAGUAUAAGUUCAAUGCUCACUACCACCACUAACUCUCUUUCUACAUCCUCAUUUCUCUCUAGUAUGGAAAAUACAGAGUCCUCUCUCACUGCUUUCAUUACUCCUUUUUCAUCUGAAACUACAAGAACAUCUCCAAACACAUCUUUUCUAAAUAUCUUUGCUACUGAAACAACUACCUCCUGUUUUAUUUCUUCCACUACCUCCUGUCCAGAAUCUGUAUCAGUUACAAUAGUGCCUGCCUUUCCCACUACGUCAUGUAUGGAAAUGGGUCCAAGUAGUGAAGUUACUUCUAUGCCCACCAUCCCAAUGUCAGUGUUUACCUCUACUACUGAGAUGGCCACUUCUAGUUCCAUUAGUAUGACAACUGUGUUUCCUAUGCAUAAGGACACUUCUACUGUUCUGGAAACUCAUCCUACCAACAGCAUAACAGAUGCUCUUGGUUAUAUCAGUACUGGGACUGCCCCCAGUUACACAGUUUUGACAAGCACUCAAAGACAUACGGGUGGAUCCUGGAUGAGCAACAAUUCUGUAACCAUCCCACAUAUGCCUGUAUUCACUAGCCUCCCAUUGACCACAAAACUAGGUAGCAGCUUUCCAACCACCAUGGUGACUUCAAUCAAGUUGACUCACUCCACCCUACCCACCACCAAGACUUCAGAAAUACCGGUGGUCACCCCUCAGACUACCACCACCCUUACAUCACCCAGGACAACUUCGACUUCUACUCAGAUGAGCGCACAGUCUAGGUUGACCACCACCCCAGGUACCUGUGACAAUGGUGGCACCUGGAUGCAGGGCCUCUGCCACUGCCCCUUGGAGUUCUCUGGGGACCACUGUGAGCUCCAGGAGAUCAGGUGCCAGAAUGGGGGUAAAUGGGAUGGCCUCAAGUGCCACUGUCCUAGCACCAUCUAUGGGUCCCGUUGUGAGUUUGCGGUAGAACAGGUGGAUCUGGACACUGUGGAUGCUGAAGUGGGCAUGGAGGUGUCUGUUGGCCAGGAGUUCUCCCCGGACCUCAAUGACAACACUUCCAAGGCCUACAAGGAUUUCAGUGACACCUUCCGGGAUCAGAUGCAGAAGAUUUAUCAAAAUGUGCAGGGGUUCAAGGAUGUGGAGAUCCUGUCACUGAGGAGUGGCAGCAUUGUGGUAGACUACGUGGUCCUGCUGGAGUUGCCUUUUAGCCUCCAGCUGGAGAGCGAGUACGAGAAGGUGAAGACUGUCCUGAAGGAGGAGGUCCAGAACCUUAGCCAUAACGAGGACAGCUCCCAGAAUAACCAGACCUUGUGUUUUAAGCCUGAUUCCAUCAAGGUGAACAACAACACCAGGAAGGAGCUGACUCUGGAAGCCAUCUGUCGCCGCGCCACUGCGAAAGGCUAUGAGGAUUUCUACUUCCCGGUGAUGGAGAACAGGCUCCGUUGCGUCACCAAAUGAGCUUCGGGCGUGGACGGCGCCAUUGACUGUCACCAGGGCCGAUGCCUUGUGGAGAGGAGCGGUCCCGCUUGCGGUUGCUUCUCCACGGACACGCACUGGUUCGGGCCGCACUGCGAGGUGGAGGUGGCCUCGCCCUUGCCGCUCGUCGCCUGGCGAGCGCUGGUGGGGGGCCUGGUGGGGGUCGCGGCUGUGCUGCUGCUGCUGCUGCUCCUGGUGUCCCUGAGCGUCUUCGUUGCGCGCUCCCGGAGAGGCGGCCAGGGUGAAGGCGGGUCCUGGGAGGACGACAGGAAAUGGUUCGAGGUCUGGGAUGAAGACACUGUGGGGACGUUUUCAAACUUGGACUUGGAAAACAACCGAACAGGUGCACAUCCAGAGACCUGAGGUGGCCUCGCCCUUGCCGUGAGUCCUGC